CAGAAAUCUUUGCGGGUUGAAAAACCUUGACAAAGGGCCACACUAAGCAGUGGCCACUCCAGGGUCCAGAUCAUUACUAGCUACUAGAGCAUUUCAGCCUUACCGGGCAAUACAUGUAGUCUAUCAAAAAAAGCCUCAUGGUGGAAUCACAACAGAAGAAGACAGCAGCCAGCACCAGCCAGGGAGCCUUGUUUAAGCUAACGGGGGGCUUGCUUGUGUAAUGGUGUUCUUCGUCUUUACCUGGCAUAAUCAUCACUUGCACUGCUAUUGCUACGUUACAGGAGGAUUGCUAAGUACUAAGAAGGUCUUCUCAGGCAUGUUGAGGAUGAUGUGGUGAGCUUUGAUGUGGUGCCGCUGUGCCGCUGGUGCCUAUGGUGGGUGGAGCGAGGAUCUGUUGGGAUCAAAGUGGACUCCAUGCCCGGUCGACGCUCCACACAAGAACCAUCCCCUAUCUCCCAGCUUUGCCUCUUUGUUCCAGCUUGCAGUAGUCUCAACAUGAUGUCCGUUCGUGAAUCUACAAGUCCAUGGCCUGAUACUUUGGGAGCUUGGGGGAAACUUUGGCGCUGCUAUUCCUUUGGGUGUGCAUGGUGCCCAGUGAGUCGAGUCCAAACAAUCCAGCUGGUUGCCUGUCGACUCUAUCUAAACUGCACUGUACCGGUACCUGCAACGCUGGUUGCCAAAGCCUUGGGUACGAGCCCUGAGAUCUACAGGCUGCUCCGCGAACCUUGGUCGGGAUCGGCACGGUGUGGUGGAAAACUUCUGGCCAGCCCCAGAACUGCGGAUGGUCGUGUGAAUUGGCCCCUCUCGAUCUCUCAAUAGCCACCGUACCAUGAUGAUUCCUUGAUCCCAUAAAAUAAGGUCAAGUUCCCUUCUAGCUAGUAAGCAAAGCCAACAAAGCCAACAUGAAUACGAGUAUCAAGAGCACCCAGGAGCCCCUGUUCGUAAAGUGCAUCUUUGACGAGGACGUAUCUUUUAUGGAUGCCUCUCUGAUUAUUGACCUGAUUACUUUGUUUGAUAACGGUGAUCCCUACGCGGGGAAAGUCGGCACUGUCACUCGAAACCGUGCCAAAGCACUGCUCCAGAUUGAACGUGAUGCUGUCGACAGCCGGCACAAGUUAGACCAGGACACGGCUGGAAAGCUCCAACAAGCCAAAUCCAAGUUCGAUGCAUGUCUUGCCGAGCUCAUUGAGGAACGGUUGGGAGUCUCGAACCGCAGUGAACUUCCUCCAUUUGCAGCGGCAUUGGGUGAUGAAAUCGAGUUGGUCUAUCGUCACAAGGUCGAAUCCAUUCGAUCUCGGGAUCAUUUGCAAAAGGCAUGCUUGGCAGCCGUCCGCAAACAACGUGUAGUAGCGGUACAUCAAACGACGGUGGCACGGUUAGAGGAUCUGCAAGCAUCCGGGGCCGUGAACAAAUCCCGUGUCAAGGAAGCUUUGGCGGAUGCUCGUGUGGCACUCGCCCAAGCGCAGGAAGAUCUGGAGUAUCAAACGGACAUUUGCAGUAUGCUUGCCACGAAGAAGAAGGGUCAGAUGCAAGUGCACAAACGUCCCAGCCUGGUUGGGACAUUUUUCAAGUACAGCACAUUGUAGAUUAACUGAAUGAAUAAACAUCACGGCAAUGGGAGGC